AAAAAGGAGUCCUUCCCCUGCAACCCGGUAAUUCCUCCCAGCCUCCCACGAUUCCCCCCACCACCACGCGCCGCCGCCGCCACCUCCCCGGAAACCGCUGCCGGAGCCUCCCUGGAGACCUGCCGCCGCCACGUGCCGCAGCGGCCACCUCCCCGGCAACCGCCGCCGGAGCUUCCCUCGAGAAAUGCCGCCGCCUCCCCCGGCAACCACCGCCGCUCCGGGAUCCCACAUCGAGCUCCUUCAUGGAUGGCCGUCCACGCCCGUCGCCAUGGCUACCUUCACCAGCGAAUCCCCCCCGCUCUUCCUUCAUCCGGCACAGCCCCAGAUCCCUGCUGCCUCUCGCUCGCCGUCACACCAGCGUCAUCCCGAUGCCUCCUACCUUCUCCAUCCUACUUCCUCUCAUAGUGCCUCGAGAUUCCCAGACCACCCUCGACCUGUCGCAGUGCCUCCGCGGUCCGCAUGUCCACUGGCUUUGCGUGCCUUCACCUCUGCACUUUUUCAACUGCAGCGCCUGUACUUCCUCCCUGCAAUGCCAUGAAGCGGGCGCGAGCAUGAGUUCUGGUGGCCAUACGUCCCUUCUCCUGCCUAUGUUCUAUGCAGCAGCUGCGCCCAGUGCAAGAGUGGUGACUCCCCAUGUUCGGUCGUGUUUGUGGCUUCGAUUGUGCGGAUGCUGAUCGUAUUUCGUGGACCUGCGUGGGAUGCUGGGCAGGAACUCCAUGAAGUUCGCAUUCAGGUGAGGAAGCACUUCAGGCCGGAGCUGUUGAACCACCUGAGCGAGAUCGUGAUCUUUGAUCCCUUAUCGCAUGACCAGCUGAAGAAGUUGCUCGCCUGCAGAUUUUGUCGAGGCUGUGCAGCACUGGACAAACAGCUUCAUCUGACGCUGCAGACCCAUCAGGAAAUAAUGUCAAGCCAGUGAGAAAAAUGAAGGACUGAGAUAUAUGUGAUGAUGUUCCAAUACGAAUCAAAGACAAAUAUUUGUCACGUAUCCUAGCUAGGGCAGCUUUUUUUUUGUGUGUAGCGCUCAGCCUUUUCCCAGUAGCAGUACUACUACGGCAUCCUCUUUUCCGUAGAAGUAUUAUUAUAGUACAUGCAUGAGCCAAAUAUACUCCCUCAUUGCCAAAAUGUAGUGCAUAUAAGAAUUUUUUAAAGUCAAAUGACAUAAAAUUUGACCAAGUAUCUAGAAAAAAAUAUCAACAUCUAGAAUACCAAAUUAAUACCAUUAGAUUCCCCGUGAUGUAAUGUUGAUAAUUUUGUCAAAAAACUUGGUCAAAGUUAAUAUCUCUUACAUUUUCAAAAUCUUAUACGCACUAAAUUGUGGCAAUGCGGGAGUACUGUGUUCUGAUAUAGGCGGGGAUCUACAGCUGCAAACCGUCGCACAUGAUGAAUAAUAUGCGGUGCCACCGCCAAGUAUAGUCCAUGAAUGAAAUGACUGAGAGCCGAUCAAUUUUUCGUAUCUAAAAAUAGCCUGCAUACAGCUAGGUCCAUGUAUGUUAAUACCCAGGAAGCGGAAAAAUGUUAAUACCAGGGAAAUAGACAUGCUCGGUUGUACAAGGAUAAUCAUGUG